AUGUCAUAUCGUUAAUAAUAUUAAUAUUACAAUAAUCCUCAAACAACAAAUUAAAGCCAUUAAACUGCAAAUUAGCGAUCAUAACAAUCAUUAUAAUAGUAAUCAUUUAUACCAUAAUAAUAAAAUCCAUAUGUAUAAAAUAAUUCAAGGAAUAAUCAAAAUUUAAAUUCUAUAGUACCGAAAAGCAACGCUAAUCCCUUUUCUAUCUAAACUAAUACAUCAUAGUAAUCUACUAAGUAUAAUUUUAAUAAAUAUUUAGAGGACCAUAAUUUUUAUUUUCUUAAGAAUAAUCAAAUUUAAAUUAACCUGUUGCAUAGAAAUUAAUAAAUAAAUAACAAAAGCAAGAAGAACCUAAAAUUAUUGUAAAUUAAAAAAAAGUAAAAGAUGAUGAAUGGUAAGCCUAAAAUUAAAAAGAAGAAAUUGAUCAUGAAGAUGAAGAUUAAGAAGAUUAAGAAGAAUAAGAUGAUGAAGAUUAAGAAGAAGAAGAAGAAGGAGUAAAUGAUGAUGAAGAAGAUUAAUAAGAUGAUGAAGAAGAUGAAUAAGAUGAUAAUGAUACUCAAUAAUAUGAUACUGAAGAAGAGACAGAUAUUAAACAAAAUGUUUAACAAAAAUAAAAUGCUAAAUAAAUAUCAAAUGCAGAUAAAUACAAAUCAGUUACAGAAAUUGAAAGUAUUAGAAAAGAAGUUAAUAAAAUUAAUAAAGAAUUAGAUCGAUUAGACUAAGAAAUAGAAGGAACUUUAAUUAUGAGUAGAAUUAAUUUUGGUGAUCAAAGUGUCUUAGACAUGUCAGUAUCCCAAGAUUUAUCAUAUUAAUAAUACCUAAAAGAAUUUGAAUAGUUUAAACUAUAAAAAUAAGUCAAUCCUAAAUCUAUGAAAGGAUGA